AUGCUGCUUCCCACGUACCAUGAUGAUGAUAUAACAAAAAAAGUCCCAUUCGAGUCGGGUUAUCAAGAGGCGGCUCCUUUGAGUCCCGAACGGGCCAAAAGACGAGAUCCUGAGGACAUCGAAAAAGAACUGAGGCAACAGGAAACAGAGAUGCAGAAACUCAUAUCACUCAGCAUCAAGCUGCCGAAACAGGUUCUAUGGUUCGAACCGCCUGUCAUGUGUCACUGGGACGAAAAGAAGAGGUAUUGGUCAACCGAGGGCUUCUAUGACAGCAAGCAUCAGGAAGAGCAGCAGAUCAGCAGCGUGAAGACGCGACACCUCGGCGUCUUCGCUCUGGCGCAGCGGCGGUUCUCCAACUUCCCCUACCAGAGCUGGGACUUGAAGCCCGUGGAGGAAGGAUCCGUUUCCUACACCGUGGCUGCGGCUGUCGUCACCGUCGAGUUCAUCAUCAAACUGGAUUCUUUCCUGAUGGUCCAGCGGUCAGGAGUCACACUAGACGCAUUUGAAGCUGUGGCGUACAUCAGGGCUUUGGGCGACUCAGAAAGCCCGUAUACCGUGUUGGCAGAGUAUGGUGUAAACAUUAGACCAGAGCCAGAUUCCCCCCAGUAUAUUGAUGGGCUGCCUGUAAAGGAUUUGUCCACAGAAAAUCACCUUUAUCUCUGCAUGGGACUGGGCUGCUCCAGCUUCCAGUUUGCCUGGUCCCGAUGGAAUCUCCUGGCAGGAAUGGACAAGCUUGUUCUUCAAUUCCGUGAGAAGAUUUCAUCCCAGCCCCCACAGGGAAAUCAUUCUCUUCUCUUGGUGACUCCUGACAAAGCAGCUAUGCUGGAAUGUUCUGAUGUCAGUCAGUCCUUCUCUGAUGAAGAAGUUCAAGACUACAGUUUCACUGCUGAUCUCUACCACUUCCUUCUAGCAGCAGGAUCUCCUCAGGCAAAAGAGCUCAUGUCAAAGCUGGAGUGUGACCAUUCCUACACUGUGUUCGAGAUGUUAUGGCUGACCAAGCCCCUUUCAUAUGCCUGAAGCAAGAUCAUGUUGGCCUAUCUUGGGCAAAACUGAUGUCUUAAUGCCACAAUACCUUGGAUUACCCUGGCA